AUGUCGGAUGGAGCCAAUCCGAAUCACCGCCGCUCUCAUUGGGCCUCCGCGCUCAACCGAACCGAGCUGCCGAAAGUUCCAAAAUACUUCGAGAAUCCAGGAUCCGUUGGCGGGAUUGAUCGUGCAGGAGGGCUGGUUGCUACGCCGAGCUACCGUCUCGAGUUCUGCGGGCACCGCCCGAGUGGUCGGAUGCCUUCGGCAAUGGGGACAUGA